AUGAUAAUGUCUUUACUUCCUUCCUUCAUUCUUUCUGACGAAUCUAAAGAACGCAUCUCUAAAAUCCUGGAUUUGACGCAAACUAUCGCUCGUUAUGGUUGGUUACCUUUUAUCCUAUAUAUGGGCUGGUCUCACACUGCUAACUCUCCAAAUCUACUAAACCUUUUGUCUCCAUUACCAAGUGUUUAG